AAUAUGCCCCUUUCACUGUCUCACAGGUAUUUAUAUCUGAUUUCUGUAGGGGAACAAUAUUUAUAUAAGGUUCCACUAAUAUCUAUUUAGUUACUAUGGAUGGAAGCCCAAGUAUAGGGGAUGUUUCUGAGGCAUCUCAGGAGGAGUGCAUGUUGAGAGCCCUAGAAAAAAUGCACCAGUAGUUUUCCAUUGAAUACCCAGGGAAAUGAAUUAGUCCAAUCCAUUUUGUUUGUUUGUUUUAGGAGGAGUCCUGUGAUUGAAGUAACUCAAGAUUGGUACAGCCUAAAAAUGUUUCUCUUGCACCUAUGAUAAUGUGUUGUAGAAAUAGAUGUUAAACUUCGGUUUGAAUGAAAAAUGUCUCUCAGCCCACCUAAAUUUCUCAAAGAGAGGGAAGAAAAUAAUUCACGAUUUGUGGAAAUACAACAACCACAAACUACUUCCACAGCUGCAGAAGAUCCUCUUCAAAACUUAUGCUUAGCAUCUCAAGAAGUUCUUCAAAAAGCUCAGCAAAGUGGAAGAUCAAAAUGUCUUAAAUGUGGUGGUUCAAGAAUGUUCUACUGCUAUACAUGUUAUGUCCCAGUUGAAAAUGUACCUAUGGAGCAGAUGCCACUUGUGAAGCUUCCACUGAAGAUUGACAUCAUUAAACAUCCAAAUGAAACAGAUGGCAAAAGUACUGCUAUACACGCGAAACUGUUAGCACCCGAAUUUGUAAAUAUUUACACGUACCCUUGUAUUCCAGAAUAUGAAGAAGAGGACCAUGAAGUUGCGCUCAUUUUUCCUGGACCUAAGUCUGUCUCAAUAAAAGAUAUUUCGUUUCAUCUGCAAAAAAGGAUUCAAAAUAAUGUGAGGGGCAAAAAUGAUGACCCUGACAAGCCAUCUAGUAAACGCAAGAAAACUGAAGAACAAGAUUUGAAUGACAGCAAGUGCAAAGAGACAACACUGAAAAAAAUUAUAUUUAUAGAUAGCACCUGGAACCAAACAAACAAAAUAUUCACUGAUGAGAGACUUCAAGGGUUGCUGCAAGUUGAGUUGAAAACAAGAAAAACUUGCUUUUGGCGCCAUCAAAAAGGAAAGCCAGAUACCUUCCUUUCCACAAUUGAAGCCAUCUACUACUUUCUGGUAGACUACCAUACUGAUAUAUUAAAAGAGAAAUACAAAGGACAAUAUGACAAUCUUCUAUUUUUCUACUCUUUUAUGUACCAGUUGAUAAAGAAUGCCAAAUGCUCUGGAGACAAGGAAACAAGAAAAAUUACUCAUUAGUUUUUAAGAAGCCACUUUUGUGAUUUUAUUUUGCUAAAAUCAAUAAACUUGUAAUUGUGCUUUGUUUAUUCUUAGGGAA